AGAAGCAAAAUAAACCGAUAAUAUCCGCUGGAACUAAAACCCGCUAAAAGCAACGUUAAGCUUCAGACUUCACUGAAGAAUCCGAGAGUGAGAGAACAUUGUCUCAACUAUGAUAAACCCCCAAAUUUCCUAUAAACCCUAAAAUGAGAACGAUAAGGAUUUGCCACAACUCUGGCAAUUCAAGCUUCAAGAAAAUCUCAAGUUGAACGACCUCGAAUUUCUGCAAAAAAUUCUGCCUUUUAAGCUUCAACGAUGACCGCCAUUGACAUUCGCUUAUCUCCAAGGAUUUACCUUCCGAAAAUCCAGACUCGCCGCCAUGGAUUUCACUCUAUACCUAGACUUCACUCUAACGGUUUCAAUUUCACUCGGAUUGGUCGGCCGCCGCCGCUUUUUCUCCGCCGGUCACCGGCCGUCUCGUGCCAAUCGAAAUCCGAGGCAACGUCACAGGCCGGUGAGGCUAUCAAACCAAGUGAUGAAGAUUUUGUGACUAGAGUUUUGAAGGAGAAUCCAAGCCAAAUUGAACCGAGAUACUUAAUUGGUGAUAAGUUUUAUACGUUGAAGGAAAAGGAGAAUUUGAGCAAGGAUUCCGAUAAUGGCGGUUUUGAUUACUUGGUGAAAAGAUUGAAUUCGAGGUUGAAUGAGAAGAAGGUUAGGGAUGAUAGUCAAAAGAAGAAUGAGGGUGAUGUGUUUUUGAAGGACAUUUUGAGAGAGUAUAGGGGCAAGCUCUACGUGCCCGAGCAAGUUUUCGGGACGGAAUUAUCAGAGGAAGCGGAAUUCGAGAGGGAUUUACAGGCAUUGCCCAAGAUGAGCUUUGUGGAUUUUCAGAAAGCUAUGAAGAGUGACAAGGUUAAGAUGUUGACUUGGAAGGAGGUUACCAGUGUUAUGUCAAAUGGUGAUGGUUAUAGGGAUUUCAUCGUCGAAUUGAAGGAAAUUCCGGGGGACAAGAGCUUGCAGAGAAGAAGAUGGGCUAUGAGGCUGGAUGAGAAUCAAGCUCUGGAUCUUCUCGAGGAGUAUAACGGUCCGCGCUAUCAAAUAGAGAAGCAAACUACGUCUUGGAUUGGCAAAUUACCAGAGUACCCAAGUCCGGUGGCAUCUUCACUAUCUAGCAGAAUCAUGGUGGAGCUUGGAAUGGUGACAGCUCUGAUGGCUGCUGCUGGUGUUGUUAUUGGAGGGUACAUGGCUUCGGCUGUAUUUGCUGUUACCAGUUUUGUAUAUGUGACAACGGUAUAUGUUGUAUGGCCUGUGGUCAGACCAUUUGUCAAACUUCUCUUUGGGAUCAUCUUUGGUAUUUUUGAAAGAGUCUCAGAUUAUGUUGUUGAAUUUUUUGGCGAUGGAGGCAUCAUCUCUUCAUUUUCUCGGUUUUACACCUUUGGUGGUGUAUCCGCCAGUAUUGAGGUGUUAAAACCAAUUACACUUGUUCUUUUGACUAUGGUCCUUCUUGUACGUUUCACACUCUCAAGAAGACCUAAGAACUUUAGGAAGUGGGAUCUGUGGCAAGGGAUUGAUUUUUCGCGAUCUAAAGCAGAAGCUCGUGUUGAUGGCUCGACUGGAGUUAAGUUUUCCGAUGUGGCAGGGAUUGAUGAAGCAGUGGAGGAACUCCAGGAGUUGGUGAGGUACUUGAAGAACCCAGAACUAUUUGAUAAAAUGGGAAUAAAACCUCCACAUGGGGUACUUUUGGAGGGCCCUCCUGGUUGUGGCAAGACCCUGGUUGCUAAGGCCAUAGCUGGUGAGGCGGGCGUUCCAUUUUACCAAAUGGCUGGGUCGGAAUUUGUUGAAGUUUUAGUUGGUGUUGGUUCUGCUCGUAUUAGGGAUCUAUUCAAGCGAGCCAAGGUAAACAAACCAUCAGUUAUAUUCAUUGAUGAGAUCGAUGCAUUGGCAACUAGGCGUCAAGGAAUUUUCAAGGAAUCUACGGACCACCUAUACAAUGCAGCAACUCAAGAAAGGGAAACUACACUGAACCAGCUCUUGAUUGAACUUGACGGAUUUGAUACAGGAAAAGGUGUUAUAUUUUUAGCUGCUACCAAUCGUAGGGAUUUGUUGGACCCUGCUCUUCUUCGACCAGGUCGAUUUGAUCGUAAGAUAAGAAUUCGCCCUCCUGCUGCAAAAGGGAGAUUAGAGAUUUUGAAAAUCCACGCUAGCAAAGUAAAAAUGUCAGGAUCUGUUGAUUUAUCAAGCUAUGCACAGAACUUGCCUGGAUGGACGGGAGCAAAAUUGGCUCAGCUGGUCCAAGAGGCAGCACUUGUUGCUGUAAGGAAGGGGCAUCAAUCAAUUCUUCAGUCAGACAUGGAUGAUGCGGUUGACAGACUUACUGUAGGACCCAAACGUGUUGGGAUAGAGUUGAGUCAUCAGGGACAAUGUCGGCGAGCUACUACUGAAGUGGGAGUUGCUAUGACUUCUCAUCUGCUCAGGCGCUAUGAGAAUGCUAAAGUUGAAUUCUGUGACCGCAUCUCAAUUGUCCCCCGUGGUCAGACAUUAUCACAACUUGUAUUUCACAGGCUUGAUGAUGAAUCAUACAUGUUUGAGCGUCGGCCGCAAUUGCUGCACCGCCUUCAGAUCUUACUUGGAGGGAGGGCUGCCGAAGAGGUCAUUUAUGGACGAGACACAUCAAGGGCAUCAGUUGACUACCUCGCAGAUGCAUCUUGGCUUGCCCGUAAAAUCUUAACCAUUUGGAAUUUGGAGAAUCCAAUGCGCAUACAUGGGGAGCCCCCACCUUGGAGGAAGAAGGUUAAGUUUGUCGGUCCGAGACUGGACUUUGAAGGAUCACUCUACGAUGACUAUGGCCUAAUAGAACCACCACUCAACUUCAAUCUUGAUGACGAAAUUGCUCAAAGGACUGAAGAGCUGAUACGUGACAUGUAUGAAAGGACGCUCUCUCUGCUUCAGAGGCACCAUGCAGCUCUGCUCAAAACUAUAAAGGUUCUUCUUGAUCAGAAGGAAAUCAGUGGUGAAGAAAUUGACUUCAUCUUGGACAAGUACCCUUCACAAACAUCCAUCAGUCUUCUUCUCGAGGAAGAUGAUCCAGGGAGCCUUCUGUUCGUCAGACAAGACGAUUGUCACGAAAUUGAAUACGCCCUCAUAAAUCAAUCAAAAGAUGAAACCCGGUGAAGGACGCAGCUGAUUGACGCUUCUUCCUGAACUGUUUAUGCCUCUGCUUUAGUUGGAAGGCUUAGCUGAACAUAUAAUUUCAAUGUCAAAUUUUGGUCUUUUUUAGCUGAGAAAAUAUUUAUUCAUUCAUAGUUCUAGUUACCGGGAAUGAGGUACAAGUUAGUAUGUUUUCAGCAAUUGAAAACCAACCUAAAUAUCACGUCGAUG